AUGUGGCCGCAGAGAAUCUACGUUCAGCGCCCGCGGCGGCCCAGGCGGAGGCUGAACCAUACCCCGCCGCCUCCCGGGCCCAGCCUCGGCCUCCCCGAGCCCCAGACCCGCUACGCGCCCAUCCGAGGAUCAAAAGGAAAACUUCCAGUGGAAAUCUUACCAAAGCUGAAGGAAAAUGUUGAAGCAACACAGUUACAUGAGAGUCCUGCUACAAACCCCGGUAUGCAGUUGAAUGUUGCCCACCAAAAAAAACUGCAAAAAAGUCACGUUAAUGAGGACUCUAAGAACAUGACUCCUGCACAGAAGGAAUCAUUGACUGAUGAUGAUCUCCAAGGUGAAAGUAAUCCAAAUAACACUCAAAUAAGUUCAGGUGUAACUUUGUCGAGUGAUAUUUUUUCCUCCCUUUUGAGAUCUUCUGAUAUGAAUUUUUGUAUGGAAACCACCAGCCUUGAAGAUAGUUUAAGUAGUUUUCUAUCACCUGAAGUAUUCAGGGGAGGAGAAUUUUUAGAUAUUCAUCAUUCUACUACUGAAGACUAUCUCAAAUUGAAGAAUUCUACUUUUCUGGAUACCAGCAGAGCAGUGGCUAUAGAAAAUAUGCAGCAAUUUUCAAAUCUAUCAGCAAUUUUAGAUAAUUCCAUUUGUAAAAUUUUGCCUGAAAUAGAAGAAACUCUAGACGUCAAGACUGAGCAAACAAACCCCUCUGUUCCUGUCGGUAAGAAAAAUAGAGAAUUUCUGACGAGCUCUCCAUCAUCAGAGACAGGCAGGUUUGAGAUUAAUUUGUCCCCAGUACAAAAAUUAUCUUCAGAAGGAGAAUUAAAUCAAAAUACAAGUAAUUAUAUAUAUUCAGAUGAAAUUGUUCCUGCAUCAAGUUCAGAAGAAGAAAAAGAUUCUUGGGAGGCUCGAUGCAUUACAUCUGAAAUGUGCUGCAUUAUUACAUCACCACCAAGAAAUAGAUCCACAGAGAUGCUAUAUUGCUGUCCCAAAGGAUGGUCUAAAGUUGUGAGAAAUGAGCCAAUGGAUAAAGAGAGAUUCAAAACUAGGGGGAGAACAAACACUAUUGAAAGGAUAAACAUGCAGUGCAGAGAGGAGCAAACGAACUCCUCUGUCACCAUUGGUGAGAAAAAUAUGGAAUUACUGGGAAGCUCUCUGUCAACAGAGAUAGGCAGGUUUGAGACUCCAUGUCUUCUAUCGGAAACAUGUUGUAUUGUCAAAAAAUCACCACAAAUUAGAUGCACAAAAAUGCCAGUUAGUUUGCCUAAAGGAAUGUCUAAAGAUAUGGACAAGAAGCAAGUGGAUAAGAAGAAAUUAAAAACUAAGGGGAUGGUGGAUGCAAUUGAAGGGACAAGCAACCAGUGCAGAGAGGAGGUAAUGGAAUCAAGGGCUCAAGUAGAGAGGGUUGUCACUGCCAAGGUUUCAUGUGUUACAUCUGAAAUAUGUUGUAUUGUUAAAGCAUCACCAAGAAUCACAUGCUGCCCUUGCAAAAGAAUGCCUAAAGAUAUCAUAAUGACAGAUGAGUGUGCUGGCUGAGCUUUUCAU